UGUUGAGCCUGUUGCUUGUUCGAUCGGUCGCGACCCAUCUAGCCCACGAUGGACGGUGGCCAGACCUCGACCAGCACCGCCCCCGCGGGCAACUCCAGCGAUUUUGUACGAAAACUCUACAAGUGAGUUGUUCCCCUUUUACUACUUUUCCUCUGUACCUUGCCUGCGCUUCAUCACUCCGGUUUCUCGUCCGCCGGGUUUUCCAACCUCAACCCCCCCCGGCCUUCGCUGUCCGGUUGUCGCUGCGCCCUAUUAGAAUCCAGCGAUGUUCUGCAGAAUCUCGACAUUGAUCAUGCGUGCUAAUCCUCAUCGCAAAGGAUGCUCGAAGACCCAUCGUACGCGGAAAUCGUGCGGUGGGGUGACGAAGGAGACAGUUUUGUGGUCUUGGAGUGCGAAAAAUUCACCAAGACCAUCCUUCCGAAGCACUUCAAACAUAGCAACUUUGCCAGUUUCGUGCGACAGCUGAACAAGUACGACUUCCACAAAGUGAGACAGAACAACGAGGAAAACGGACAGUCACCGUACGGACAGAAUGCCUGGGAGUUCAAACACCCUGAGUUCAGAGCGAACAGCAAAGAAUCCCUCGAUAACAUUCGACGGAAGGCCCCGGCUCCGCGCAAACAGACCCAGAGCACCGAAGACUCGGUCCCGACACAACAAAUAGAUUUGCUGAACCAGCAAAUUGUGGCUCAACAACAACAGAUUCAUCAAUUACACGAGCGACACACACGACUCAGCGUCGAUCACCAGUUGAUGAUGCAGGAAGUUAUGAGGGUGCAGAAGACCAUCCUUAACCAUGAAAAUGUUAUCCACCAGGUGAUGACUUACCUGCUCUCCGUUGAUGCCCGCCAGCGGCGCGACAGCAAAGCGGCUGCUGUGCCUUUCCAAGCCCAGGGUCAAGCCGGUUCGACCCUGAGCCCUUCACAGGGCGCAUCCAUGGACGACGAGCCCUCGUCACCCUUGCAGCAUGCCUCGAAGCUCCUGAAUGAUAUGAACGCAGAGAUUCAAUUCAAUCUAGGGGGCCUAGAGUCCAUGGGCGAGCCACCGAAAAGUACCGCCGUGGUCCCUACACCUGCUCUGGAAACUGCUCCCCGGAAUGGUGUCGCGCGGCCCUCUGCUGCUGACGCCAGUGCGAAUACUGCUAUGGUCUAUCCCAAGAUGAGCGGAGAGAUCGAGCCCGUCGUCUACCCGGUGGGCGCCACCAACGGAAUCGAUCCUAUGUACAGUGAACAUGUCAACAACGUCCCGUAUCCCAUGCCUCCCAAACAAGAGAUUGACGAAUCUCGACGGCAAUUCCCCGACAACCGGAAAAAGAGCGCAAAUGUCGAUCCCGGUUGGGUGCGCAGCCCCCAUAUCCUACUCGUGGAGGAUGAUGCGACAUGCCGUCAAAUUGGUGGCAAAUUCCUAUACUCCUUCUCGUGCCUGAUUGAUACCGCGUUUGACGGCCUGGAAGCGGUGAACAAGAUCCAGGAUGGUUCCAAAUAUGAUCUCAUUCUCAUGGACAUUAUCAUGCCCAAUUUGGAUGGUGUUUCUGCUUGCCACCUUAUUCGCCAAUUCGACAGGACCCCCAUCAUCGCCAUGACAUCUAACAUUCGCAGUGACGAUAUCCAGCUCUACUUUCAGCAUGGAAUGGAUGACGUCCUUCCAAAGCCCUUCACAAGAAAGAGCCUUCUUGAUAUGCUUGAGAAACACUUGGUUCACCUGAAAACGAUGCCGCCGGGCAUAGAGGCUCCCCAAUCGGCAGCAGCCGUUACGAUGGCCGCGCAAAGCUCGGCCGCCCAGUCAGUCAAGGAGGACAGCUCUCCUGGGCAAUCGCCAGCAACAUCGAUGACUGCUUGGCAAUCACCGGGCCAAUUUCCAGGCAUGACUGCCGUGCCUCCUAACGUUCCGCAAGUCCAAGGCCAAUAUAUACCCGCCGCCCCUGCUGCGGCUGCAUAUGCCGUAGAUCAAAACGGAGUUCAGUAUCCCGCACCCGCGGUGGCCCUUGCUACUACGGCGCCUGCGGCCGUCAGGCCGCAACCACCUCGACGACAGCUUUCGGAAAUGUCGAGUGCCACCGAAAACCCCAAUAUGGCCAAACGGCCGCGCAUGUACGCUCAUCAAGCGCAGCCAAUGGUUAACCCCAUGCAAGCUGCGCGAACGGGCUAGAUUGAGUGUCUUCCAUCUCUCCCCUCUUUUCUCGCCCUACACUAGAUGAACAAUGACCUUUUCCCAAUUUCCUUUGACACCCGCCUUCCGCAUCUCUCACCUCACUUCCGCUACGCCUCUCCACCUUACGAUUUCCGUUGUUCUUCUCGUGAUGAAGUCUU